GUCAGCCACUUUGAGAAAGACACGGCCACUUAAGAUUUAAGAAUGGGUAUGAUGUCUGACUAAAAUACUGAUAUAAUCAGUGUAAUCUCAAUCACUACUUAUUAGCCUUCGUAAGCGGAACAUGAACAGUGUACCUAUAGAUUAGAAAUAGGAAACGUCUUAUCUGAAUGUUUUAAUGUCGUCACAGGAUUUGGAAUAUUAUAGUUGGAAUGAGACAUUUUCUGUGACCUUGUAUACGAUGCAUCACGAGCCACGCAAUACAGUUGCAUAUGUCCUCCUAGCUGUGCUAUUUGUCGUCAUAGUCACACUGACAAUUCUCGGAAAUGCCUUGGUUUGUUUGGCAAUUCUUUUGAAUCGCACCCUCCAGCGCACAACUAACUAUUUUAUCCUGUCAUUAGCAGUUGCGGACCUACUGCUUGGAAUUAUUGUUCUUCCAUUCAGCGCCAUAUUGACAUCAUCCAAGCAAUGGUAUUUUGGUAUUGUAUGGUGUAACAUUGAUUUAUCAUUUGACGUCAUGUUGUGUACUGCUUCCAUAUUGAACCUCUUCAUGAUUAGUCUUGAGAGAUACUUCGCCAUUACGUCACCUAUGACCUACCAACGCUAUCUAACAUUCCGCAAGGUCCUGAUUGCGAUCGCUUUAGUAUGGGUUGUAUCAUUUCUAUCAUCAUUUGUUCCUAUACAUCUUGGUUGGAAUACACAUGCGGAGUUACAUGUUAAUGGCACUGACAUUACGCAUGGCUGUUACUUUUUCGAGAACCAAGUUUAUGUUGUGACUUUAUCAUUGACAACAUUUUUCAUCCCUUUAUUCAUCAUGUGUGCUACAUACGCCAGGGUUUUAAUGAUCGCAAGAAAACAAGCGCAGGAGAUAAACAAAAUGUCAAUUCUUGCAUGUACAGAAUCGAGGACUCCGCAGGAUCAGAAACACCAUAAAAAUCAUAUGGUGAGUGAGCACAAAGCGACAAUAACACUCGCAGCAAUUAUGGGAUGCUUUUCUAUAUGUUGGAUUCCAUAUUUUGUUAUAUUUACCAUAGGACCUUUCAUAAACCAAAAUGUCAUACCCGAAGUUGUACAUGACUUUGUACUCUGGAUGGGCUACAUCAAUAGUACAUUAAACCCAAUACUCUAUGCAUUUCUAAGCAAAGAGUUUCGAAAGGCAUUUAAAAGGAUACUGCAUUGCAAAUGCAAAAAGAGGUAACAUGACUGUCUUUCAUACAUUCUAACCACAGCGAUGCCAAACCUGAUAUUUAUUUUUUCAAUAUAUAUAUAUUUAUUGAGUUUACUAUAGUUUCAUCAAGUAAUUCUCUUGUAUGUAUAUUAGAAUGUAGACUUUUUCAAAUGACAAUAUUGUAGAAAGGCUUAUCAAUGUUACCAAAGAUUUCAUUGUAAUAUAUCACUGAGCUGACAGAGAGCUAUAACAAUCUUCUGGAAAUAAUUUCCAAAUUAAUCAUGACCAAUACCUAAUCUGUUGGAAAACACAAUUUUGAUACUUGAUCUAAAGAAAAUGAAAAAGGACAGGUUCUGACCACUAGGUAUACAUUUACGUCACCAUUUGCCAAUAAAUGCGAUCAAUAUGCCAAUGAAAUGCAAUGCACAAACAGAAUAGGUUUACUAAAUUAAAUAAAUCCCACUAGAGUAAGAGAGGAUAAACAAGUUAUUGAAUAUCAUUAUGGACUGUAUAAAGUUGCUGAUCUGACGAAUUUACAUAUUGACAAGGAAGAUUAUCCUAUACCAGAACCAUGUCUGGAUUUCUUUUAAUAAUCUGUUUAAUUUCAUUGUAUAAUAUACAGGUACAAGUAGUUGUUGAUAUGAGUGACCAUUUGCUAUGAAAGGAUAGCAUUAUAGGUUCACUCUAUGUCUGGAUUUAAGUCAAGUAUAUACACUCUUGAGAAUGUCCGAGUCAGUGAGAUGUGAGCUCAUUGACAUUGUAUGUAAAAUGUUGAAGAAGAUUCUAUUGGAUCACACUUACAUUGAAGAUUGAAGAAAGGAGUUAAGAUUUCAUUUUAAAACCAAACAUAUCAUUUAGAGUAAAACUGGGUUAGUGAACACCUCUCUCUAGUGAUAACCUGCAUUAAGUGAACACCUCUUGAAGACACAUUUUACAUUGACUCCUGUAUAAAAUCCCCUCUAUGUAGUGAACACCUAUCUACAGAGAACACUUUUUGUGGCUCCAUAGGUGUUCACUAUAUACAGGUUUUAUUGUAUGUCAGCUCUGUAUCACCUAUCAACAGUACAUCAACCCAUUUUGACUGAUUUGAGUAAUCUAUAUAAAAUACCUUGAAAUAAAAUGUUUCAGCUGCUAUGAGCAAAAUCAAUUAUUGACAUAACAUUGCUCAAACUGAUACAUGAAAUUUAAUGAGAAAUGUUGUCAAGAUUAAAACCUUUACAAAUGCUGACUAACAGUAGAAACAAGUCAUUUCUUAAACUACCUCAUACAUGCUUAUCUCUCUUGUUAUUUAAUUGUGCAACUUCUGAAAAUUAAGUAUUGGGCGACACGUUUAAUGAUAUGAUGUCAAGAGUGAGUGAGCUAAAUCUGACACGAAUUGCUCUAAUAAUAGCUGAGAAAGUAAAUGUUGAUUGUAUUGUAGGC